AUUUAAUAGCACUCAAAAGGAUUUGAUCAUUCCUUUUAGCACUCUUCAUUGAUCUAUUCUAUGUGUUGACUUCCCCUAGAGUCUCUUCUUUCUUGGCAUGAACAUUUGGUUUGUAUUAUCAAGAUCGAUCAAUCAUGUUUCAGCCAACUGUACUGUUGUUGUUGCUGUUGUUCUUCCACAAGAACGUAGUAUGUCAGGGUUCAGACCCAACUGGUGGAGAGUUCGACUUCAACGGAUUCCUAUACGCUGCUGGAUCAGCCAAUCUAAACAACAACGGCCUGUUCAGACUUACGAAUUCUACAACACAAACAGCUGGUCAAGUUUUCUACAAUUUCCCAGUUCGAUUCAAGGACUCUGUAAAUGGUACCGUCUACUCUUUCUCCACCACUUUCGUAUUUGCUAUUGUUUCACAUUAUGGAGCAAUGAAGGGCCAUGGAUUGGCCUUUGUCAUUUGUCCUACGAGAGGUUUGUCCAAUGCUGAUCCCCAAUACCUUGGGCUCUUCAACAGAAGCAACGAUGGAGAUCCCAAAAAUCAUAUAAUAGCGGUUGAGCUCGAUACCGUACAAGGCCCUGAAGUUUAUGACAUGAAUGCCAACCAUGUUGGUAUUGACAUAAAUACCAUAGUUUCAGAAAUAGCUGCUUCAGCAGGUUAUUACAAGGAUGAUGGUAGAUUUAUAGAUCUCUUGCUUGCCAGUGGAGACCCUAUGCAAGUGUGGAUUGAAUAUGAUAGCAAACAGAGACAGCUUAACGUCACACUUCAUCCUAUUCGUGUCCCUAAGCCAAAGAUUCCACUCCUUUCUCUGCAAAAAGAUCUUUCUCCCUAUUUGCUUGAGUUUAUGUACCUUGGAUUUUCCUCAUCCACGGGUACAUUAACUGCAUCUCACUAUAUAUUGGGUUGGACGUUCAAGAUUAAUGGGACGGCUCCAGCUAUAGACCCCUCUCGACUUCCAAACGUUCCCCGUUUUAAUCAGCCAUGGAUCCGGAGUCUGAAGGGGGUUUUAACGAUCAGUUUGACUAUAUCAGGCGUCGCCAUACUCAUCAUCUUGGGUCUCAGCAUAUGGUUUUUUCUGAAGAGGAAGAAGCUACUGGAAGUUCUUGAGGACUGGGAGGUGCAGUUUGGUCCUCAUAGGUUUGCUUUCAAAGAUCUACACACUGCAACAAAGGGUUUCAAGAAUACAGAGCUUCUUGGUAAAGGAGGAUUUGGGAAAGUCUAUAAGGGUACUUUACCAGUGUCCAACGUAGAGAUCGCUGUGAAGAGAGUUUCUCAUGAUUCAAGGCAGGGCAUGAGAGGGUUCAUUGCUGAGAUCGCAACCAUUGGGCGUAUCAGACAUCCCAACUUAGUUCGGCUCCAAGGUUACUGCAGACACAAAGGUGAACUCUACUUGGUAUAUGAUUGUAUGCCCAAAGGCAGCCUUGAUAAGUUCCUUUACGACCAACAGACUGGUAAUCUUGAUUGGUCACAGAGAUUUAAGAUCAUCAAAGACGUAGCUUCUGGGCUUUGUUUUUUGCACCAACAAUGGGUGCAGGUGAUUAUCCACAGGGAUAUUAAACCAGCCAACAUCCUUCUUAACGCUAAUAUGAAUGCUAAACUUGGUGAUUUUGGUCUCGCGAAGCUGGAUCAUGGGAUUGAUCCUCAGACCUCUCAUGUGGCAGGUACACUUGGUUAUAUUUCACCUGAGCUCUCAAGAACAGGAAAGGCAAGUACAAGCUCAGAUGUAUUUGCAUUCGGAGUGGUUAUGCUAGAGAUCGCAUGUGGACGAAAGCCCAUAUUGCCACGAGCACCGCAAAGCGAGAUGGUACUGACUGAUUGGGUGCUAGAGUGUUAGGAGAACGGAGAUAUAAUGCAGGUUCUUGAUCAUAAGAUUGGGCAGGACUAUGUCGAGGAGCAAGUGGCAUUUGUUCUAAAACUCGGCUUACUCUGUUCUCAUCCAGUACCAGCCAUCAGACCAAACAUGUCUAGCGUCAUUCAAUUCUUGGACAGUGUGGCUCAGCUUCCUGAUAACUUACUUGACAUUGUGCAAACUCGAGAAAUUCAUCGAGGUACUGAAAUCUCAGGUGGAGCAGCUGAUUCUCCCGAGUCCAGUUCCGUUGCUCCCUUGACCUUCACUGAAUCCUUUGUUUCUCAUGGUCGCUAAAAGAUGCAGACCCAUAU